UCAUGACUCAUGCCUUUUGUGCCAGCCUGGGAGCUCUCUGCCCUGCAGCUCCACAGGUGGUAUCAGCUCGGUGAAAAGGUUCCCGCCAGGGUAGGCAGUGGAGCGCCGCACAACGCGCUUUCCAGCCUCCCAGCUGCGGCCCCAGUAGUUCAGACCCAGCGCCAGCAGGCCUGCUAGAUCGAUCCUCGAGCUGAAGAUGCGUCGGGGCUGGAAGAUGGCUCUGUCCGCGGGGCUGCGGGGCUGCCGCCGGGUACUUUCCUGGGUGCCAGUGCUCGUCAUCGUCCUCGUCGUGCUCUGGUCUUACUAUGCCUACGUCUUUGAGCUCUGCCUGGUCACUGUUUUGAGCCGAGCAGAAAAAGUUAUCUACCUCAUAUUCUACCAUGCCAUCUUUGUGUUCUUUACCUGGACCUACUGGAAGUCUAUUUUUACACUCCCUCUACAGCCAAAUCAGAAGUUUCAUUUAUCCUAUACAGACAAGGAGCGCUAUGAAAAUGAAGAGAGACCUGAUGUCCAAAAGCAGAUCCUCGUUGAUAUUGCCAAGAAGCUACCAGUUUACACAAGGACUGGAAGUGGAGCUGUAAGAUUCUGUGACCAGUGCCAUUUGAUCAAGCCAGAUCGCUGCCACCACUGCUCUGUCUGUGCUAUGUGUGUUUUAAAAAUGGACCAUCACUGCCCUUGGGUUAAUAAUUGCAUUGGAUUUUCCAACUAUAAAUUCUUCCUUCAGUUCUUAGGUUAUUCUGUUCUCUACUGCCUGUACAUUGCUACAACGGUCUUCAGCUAUUUCAUCAAAUACUGGAGAGGGGAAUUACCCAGUGUUCGCUCUAAGUUCCAUGUCCUUUUUCUCCUAUUUGUGGCCUGCAUGUUUUUUGUCAGCCUUGUGAUUCUCUUUGGUUACCAUUGUUGGCUUGUCAGCAGAAACAAAACCACCUUAGAGGCCUUCUGUACUCCAGUGUUUAUAAGUGGUCCAAAGAAAAAUGGGUUCAACCUUGGCUUCAUCAAAAAUAUCCAGCAGGUGUUUGGAGACAACAAGAAGUUCUGGUUAAUACCUAUUGGGUCCAGCCCUGGUGAUGGACACUCCUUCCCUAUGAGGUGCAUGAAUGAAUCACAGAACCCACUGCUAGCAAAUGAAGAGCACUGGGAAGACAAUGAUUAUGACAACCCAGAUUAUCCAGAAGGUUCAUCAUCUCUUGCAGUGGAGACAGAAACAUAGCAGUUUUCACAUUUCCUGCAUCUCUAAGACAGGACCCACUAUCUCCCAUGAAGCUUACAGAGGUCAAUAUUGGGAACCAUUCGAAUCUUCAAAAUAAGUCACCAUGGCGCAUUGAAAGCUUCACAGUAUAAAAGCAUUUUUGUCAAAUACUUACUGUGCAGCUAGGUGUUUCUGGACUUUACAAGUAAUUUAAUUUACUGACUGACUUCAUCAAUCCUGUAGCAGUUAAUUAAAUAUGAUCUCUCUAUCUUUCUUCCUUUUCCCUUCCCUAAUCUGUGAAAGCCUAAUUGCAUAUAUAUCUUUCCAAAGACUCUUUUCAUUCUUCUUGUAAGAUAAAGUGGAAUUAAAAAGAUUUUCGUAGAGUCUUUAACUCCCCCUGGAAAGUCCAUUAAUCAUAUCUAUAAGGUCUUUGUGGUAUUGAAAGUAGUCAGACUACAAGACUACAUUUGCUAUUUGUAUGCAUGUGCAUUUACAAGCAUGCAUAUGUGCAGUACAUUUACACAUAAUUCUGCUGUGGUGUUGUGAAAAUCAAGUUUUUAAAAAUCUGAAGUUUUUAUUCAAUCAUGUUUUUUUUCCUAAAUAGCAAUUUAAAUAUAUGCUGAGCUGUGAACACCACCCCUAUAUCAGGUAUCUAAAAUUCAAGAUUCAACAG